UGUGAAUGAGAGAGAGAAAAAAGUUAGUUGGAAGGAAAAAGGAAUGGGAAAGAGACAUAAAAGUAAAAGAUAGUUGUACAUGAAACAUACAGACAGUUUUUGUGUCCUUUCAUUUCGUUUUUCAUUUCACAUCCUUUGUAUCUUCUCCCUGUUUUACUAUCCUUGUGCAGCAGAUCUCUCCUCUGUGUAGUUCCCAAAUUACUCAACUGGAUCAUGUGAAGCUCAACUGAAAUUUGGAAUUUUGUUCUUGAGAAGAAGGGGAAGAAGAAAUCAGUUUGAAGGCUGUGAAUGUGAAAGGGGGAAAAGGAAUCAAAUUUUUAUCACCCUUUUGCAGAUGAGUUCAGCUGCCCCAUAAAGGUGUUUCUGUAGUUUCUGGGGUUGUGCAAAGUUGAUCUUUGAUAGAUGGAAGAGGUAGGUGCCCGUGUAGCUUCACCGGCAGUUUUCCACCAGAAUCUGACUGCGAGAUUUCGUGAUCCAUAUCCGAUGGCUAAGAAACGCGCCCUGCCCUUUGACUCAUCGAGCUUUCUACCACAGAACACCGUGGAGAGUUGGAACCAGAAUUCCUGGAGCUGGGACAGUGCGAGGUUUGUCGCCAAACCAUUGCAACGUAAUGGCGGCCAAGUGGGGAGUAGUGGAGAGAUUCAGCCAGUCGGAAAACAAGUGAUGAGUAGUGCUCCGUAUUCUACAGUUGCUGGUGGGAAUGGAACUCGUAGUAGUGGUAUCAAUUUGGUGGAGCCACAACCUGUAUCGAGGCCCAACAAAAGAGUAAGAUCAGGAUCGCCCGGUGGUGCUAACUAUCCCAUGUGUCAAGUGGAUGAUUGCAGAGAAGAUCUGUCUACUGCUAAGGACUAUCACCGCCGGCAUAAGGUGUGUGAGGUUCACAGCAAAGCUGGUAAGGCCUUAGUGGGGAAACAGAUGCAAAGGUUCUGCCAGCAAUGUAGCAGGUUUCACCCUCUCUCAGAAUUUGACGAGGGAAAGAGAAGUUGUAGGCGUAGGCUCGCUGGACAUAACAGGAGGAGGAGGAAAACUCAACCAGAAGAUACUUCUCAACAGUUGUUAGCGCCUAGUAUCAAUGCCGGUGAUAAUGAUAUUCUCAAUUUACUGGCGGUGCUAACUAAUGCACAAGGGAACAUUGUGGACAGAAACGAUAAAUUCCCAUUAAUGACCAACAAAGAUCAUCUCAAGCAGAUGCUGACUAAAAUAAAUUCGUUGCAAUUGGCAGCGAACUUGGAAGCUAAGUUGAAUGGAGCAACUGCAGGUGUACCUUCUUCUGAAACUCAAUCUCAACCGAGCACUGAAGGAAGUGACUCUGAAAAAAGCAAGUCACCAUGUCUCGAAAAGCACAGUGGAUCAACAAUGGACGUUCAGGGAACCUCGCCAAGCCUUCCUCUUAGAUUGUUUAGUCCCUCACCUGAAGAUUAUAGGCCAACAAAAUCGCCUUCAGAGGAGAGAUCGCCUCUAUCCACACCACCUGUUGUACAUGAUCUGUUCCCAAUGCAGACUUCAAGAGACACGGAUAAGAAUGGCCAUCUGUCAAAUAGUGAAGGUGAAAUUGCAUGCGUGGAAGCAACCACGAUCAACGGAUGCAGUACAUCUCUUCAGCUUUUUGGAGCGUCGAUCAGUGGUACUCAAGAUGUUCCAGUUCAUACGUCUCCAUACAGAGCUGGAUAUACAUCUUCUUCUGUGUCUGAUCAUUCACCAUCCAGCCAGAAUUCUGAUGCUGCGGAUCGUACCGGUAGAAUAAUUUUCAAAUUAUUUGACAAAGAUCCAAGCCAUAUGCCUGGAUCAUUACGGUCUCAGAUACACAAUUGGCUCUCUAACAGUCCAUCAGAAAUGGAAAGUUACAUCAGGCCUGGCUGUGUUGUUCUAUCCCUGUAUUUGUCGAUGCCAUCAUUUGCCUGGGAUCAACUUGAAGAAGACCUUCUUAACUAUGUGAAGUCCUUAGUCAAAGAUAUUGAAUUUUGGGGGAAUGGGAGGUUUUUGAUUCAUACAGACAGACAAAUGGUUUCACAUAAAGAAGGGAAGAUUCGUCUGUGCAAAUCAUUGAAGGCCUGGAGUACACCGGAACUCAUCUCAGUUUCUCCCGUGGCAGUUGUUGGUGGACAACCAACCACUCUUCUAUUGAGGGGAAGAAGUUUGAAGGCUCCGGGCACUAGGAUACACUGCACGCAUGCAGUUGGAUAUAAUGUAAGGGAAGUUCAUUCAUCAUCGUGCCAAAAGACUCCAUACGGUGAAAUUAUCUUGGACGAUUUUAAGGUCAAUGGUGCAACAUCUAGCAUACUAGGCCGCUGUUUCAUUGAGGUUGAAAAUAGUCUCCGAGGAGCAAGUUUUCCGAUCAUCAUAGCAGAUAGCACUGUUUGCCAAGAAUUGAGACUCCUCGAGCCUGAGAUAAAUGGAACUUCUGAUGUAUGCAAUGGCAGGGAAGAAUCGCUGCAUUUUCUGGAUGAACUCGGGUGGUUGUUCGGAAGAAAAUAUAACUCGUGCUUGUUUCAGCACCCGGAUUAUAGGCUCUAUCGGUUCAAGUUUCUUCUUGUAUUCUCUGUCGAGCGUGACUUUUGUGCAUUGGUCAAAUCCCUUCUCGACAUUCUGCUAGAGCUUAACUCUGGUAGAAAUGGACUAGAAGAGGAGUCUCUGGAGUUGUUAUCAGAAAUUCACCUCCUGAACCGGGCUGUCAAAAGGAGGUGUGCGAGCAUGGUUGAUUUUCUUAUUCAUUACACCGUCGUAGAUUCCAGUGGAACAUCUAAGAGGUUCAUUUUUUAUCCGAACAUGGCUGGACCCGGUGGUCUCACACCUUUACAUUUAGCUGCUUCAUUAUCGUCAUCCGAUGACAUUGUUGAUCUACUGACAAGCGAUCCACACGAGGUUGGGCUGCAUAGUUGGAAUUCUGUUCUUGAUGCAAAUGGGCUUUCUCCUUAUGCAUAUGCUACGAUGAGGAAUAAUCAUGCGUACAACGCACUUGUUACUCAGAAGCUUGCAGAUAAGAGCAACGGUCAAGUCUCUGUAACAAUCGAGGAUAACCUGAAGCCCUUCCACGUUGAGAUGAAUCCGACAAAAUCCCAACUCAGUCGAGGUCAACAAUCUUGUUCCAAGUGUACGUAUGCAUACAGAACGAGGUUUCCUCGUUCCAGUGGAUUGCUGCAGCGUCCAUACAUACACUCAAUGGUAGCCGUUGCUGCUGUUUGUGUUUGUGUGUGUUUGUUCUUGCGAGGACACCCCUUUGUUGGCCGCGUUUCCCCGUUUUCAUGGGAGAACCUGCAAUACGGCACAGUUUAAGUAUCAACAUCAACACCGGUUGAUGAAUCACUCACGGGAUGAUGACCAGGACGAAAGCGUGACUUCCCCCAUCCUGUUUAAAUGAAUUUUCUGAGAUCCAAGAGUGAACAGCCGCGGCGCAAUAGUUAGGUUCCCAGAGUAAAGCCUUGGAGUAAUAUGGAUCUCUUUGUCGCCUCAUAUUCAUAACUUACUUCAACGAGCCGAGCAAGAUAAGGUGAAAGAAUGCUCUAUGCUUUUGCUGAAGCUCUUUAACUGAGCUAGUUUUCGUGGAUGUUCAUCUGAACUAAUUGUGCUAACGACGAGGCCAACGAUACUCUCACUCGGAUUGUCUCACUGUAAGAACUAGGUGUUAUAUAAUAAGUACUAGUUGAAGAGAUAUAUAUACAUACAAUAAUAGUUAGGUGGUUGUAUACAUAUUUUUCUAACUGAGUUGAAUCUUUGUAUUCAUAGUCUGAAUCUUGUAUGAAUCCAUCUGCUUUGUGUGUGUGUGUGUUUUUGAAGAGGAUAUAUACAAACUGUUUUCAUUAUUACAGCAAUGAAGAGAUUGCAUAAUUAUACAUACAUUUGUUGCAUUAGGCAAAGAAUUGAGGAAUAAUAAAGUGAGUCAUGGUUGCUGUAUCCUUCUUCUGCUAACACACCUUCCUCUUACCAUGUUCUGAACCAGGGCUUCUCCCAUCCCUUCUCCGAGCCCCUCGAUGAGGCCUCCGAUGAACUCUAUGACCACCUGGCCCGCGAGACGGGCUGCAGUUCCCAGGGGGCUAGGCUUGUCAGGCGUAGGUAUGCCGUUGGCCUGGAGGCCGUUGAUGAAAACCUUGGCGCACACCGCGUGGAGAUGGUAUUCGCACACGGUGCACCGAUACACCCUUCCCGAUCUCUUCUUGUUGCACUCCCCGCACGCCGCGUUGCCGGCCGGCAGCAGCCUCAGGGGGUGCGGGUGAGCCGGGAACCGAACCUCCGUCGUCAGCAUGGCACAGCACGGGUGCAUCUGGAAGCUGCAGGCUCUGCAUCGGAAGGCAAACCCUUUGCUCGACUUUCCGCAGACGUCGCACCUCGGCCACGAAAUCCCGCCUUUUGCUGCAUCGCGUCACACUAAAAGGUUAUGCUCGCGCGUUUUUUUAAUGGACAAAUAAACAUGAAAUUUUAAAGGGACUCGAACUUGUGACCUUUGGUCCGAGCAUCAAUCACUCUACCGCUUGGCCAACACACGUAAUUUCAGUUUACGUACCCGUUUUUGAUUUGGCGUGGAAAACGAGCUGGUGCUGGCCGUGGAACGGGUGGCUGUUCAAGACGGGAGGGGAGGCGGCGCAGAAGUCGUGCAGCUGGAAGUCGCACUGCGCGCACGCAAACCUCCGGCCUGCGCCGUACUCCUUGCAGCCGCCGCACGUGAAGAGCUCCGGGAGAGUGACUUGGAGCAACGGGUGCUCGGAGUGGGCGUAAUGCAGCAUCCCGUCUCCCGAGGCCGACUGCGGCGACGUCGGGAACUCGACCGCCGCCGCGGCCGGGGAGGAGGAGGAGGAGCGUUUCAUGGGGCGGAGAGAAGUUUGAGACUUGAGGGAAGUGUGCCUUCUCAUUGUGUGUGUGUGUGUGUGUGUUUGGAUAUGGGAGUGGAGGAAUAUUAUUUAUGCUGCCUAAAUUAAUCAAAGUGCUUGCUUUAUCAAA